UAUCGGCGUGGUCUUUGCUACUUGUUCUUCUUCUUCUUCGCUCAAUCGGAGCAGUUUUCCAGAAGGUUUCAUCUUUGCCACAUCCGCAUCUGCAUAUCAGUACGAAGGUGCAGCAAAUGAAGGUGGAAGAGGUCCAAGUAUAUGGGAUACCUUCACUCACAAAUAUCCAGAGAAAAUAAUGGACAGAAGCAAUGCGGAUGUUCUCAUUGACCAAUAUCACCGCUACAAGGAGGAUGUUGGGAUCAUGAAAUAUAUUAAUUUGGAUGCAUACAGAUUCUCUAUCUCUUGGUCUAGAAUACUCCCAAAAGGAACGCUUAGUGGAGGUAUAAACCAAGAAGGAAUCAAAUAUUACAACAACCUCAUCAAUGAGCUGCUGGCUAAUGGUAUACAACCAUUUGUUACCCUCUUUCAUUGGGACCUUCCUCAAGCCUUAGAAGAUGAUUAUGGAGGUUUUUUAAGCCCUCGCAUAGUAGAUGAUUUCCAAGAUUAUGCGGAUCUUUGUUUUAAGGAGUUUGGAGAUAGAGUAAAACAUUGGAUUACUCUGAACGAACCAUCGACUUUCAGCACCGCUGGCUAUGUAAUAGGGAUGUUUCCGCCGGGACGUUGUUCCGAUUGGCAAAAGCUAAACUGCACCGGUGGUGAUUCUGGAAUUGAACCCUAUUUAGUGGCACACCACCUUCUCCUUGCUCAUGCAGCUGUUGUUCAAUUGUACAAGGCAAAGUAUCAGGUACCAUUGUUACUUGAAAGGCAAAAUAAAACAACUACUCCUCCAAAGGGUUUGAUAGGUAUAAUAUUGAUAUCUCACUGGUUCGUGCCACUUUCGGAUACCAAAUUGGAUCAAGAAGCUGCUCAACGAGCAAUUGAUUUCAUGUUUGGAUGGUUUAUGGAACCGUUGACCAGAGGAGACUAUCCACUAAGCAUGAGAUCCUUGGUUGGAAAAAGAUUGCCAAAGUUUUCAAAAGAGGAAGCCAUGAAAAUCAAUGGCUCAUUUGAUUUUCUUGGACUAAACUUUUACACUGCUAAUUAUGCUGCCGAUGCACCUCAUCUUCAGCAUGCCACACCCUCUUACCUCACAGAUUCUCUUACCAUUCUUACAACUGAGCGAGAUGGGAUACCCAUAGGUCCAAAGGCCGCUUCAUUUUGGUUCUAUAUUUACCCAAAAGGGCUUUAUUACCUGCUGCUCUACAUCAAGGAAAAGCACAACAAUCCUUUGAUUUACAUUACUGAGAAUGGUGUGGACGAAUAUAAUGAUCCAACGUUAUCAUUGGAGGAAGCUCUUGCUGAUCCUUACAGAAUUAAAUUUCACACUGAUCAUCUUUUUUAUCUUCGAUCAGCAAUUUGGAACGGUGUAAAUGUCAAAGGAUAUUUUAUAUGGUCAUUAUUCGAUAAUUUUGAAUGGGCUGAAGGCUACACAGUGCGAUUCGGAAUUUACUUUGUGGACUACAACAAUGAUAUGAAAAGGUGUGAAAAGCUUUCUGCAAAAUGGCUUAAGAAUUUUUUAAAGUAA